AUGGCGCACCAGCAGCAACACGAGCAUCCACAACUGCACUAUAAGAAGGGCGAGCACGGCUUGGUGCGGCAUUCGCCCUAUACCAUGUUGCCCGUCCCCGACGCGCUGGAGAUCGUGCUGCGCGAGGCGGUCGCUGCACGUCGCGAGCCCGAGCGGGUAGAGCUGGCGCGAGCCGCGGGGCUCGUCCUGGCCGGCGAUGCCCGUGCCACCAUGGCCCUCCCGCCCUUCCCCGCCUCCAUCAUGGACGGCUACGCUGUCGUCGCCUCCGACAUGCCGGGUACGUUCCCGGUGGUGGGCGAGGUGAAGGCGGGUCGGGUGGCCGACUUCGAGGUGAAGCCGGGCACCGUGGCGCGCAUCACCACGGGCGCGCCGGUGCCCGCGGGCGCCGAUGCGGUGAUCAAGGUCGAGGUGACCGAGCUCCUCGCCGAGCGGGACGCCGAGGGACGUCAGCUGGUCAAGUUCAACGUCGGCACGGCCCCGGGCCGCUGCAUCCGGCCCGUGGGCUCCGACAUUCAGCCCGACCAGACCGUCGUCACUGCCAGCACGAUGAUUGGCGCGGCUGAGAGCGGCUUGUUGGCCACUGUGGGCGUGAAGGAGGUGCUCGUGCACCCUGCUCCGCGCAUCGCUGUACUCUCCACCGGCGACGAGUUGGUGGAAGCCGACAAGGAGCCGGGUCCGGGACAGAUCCGCGACAGCAACAAGUCGAUGCUGAUGGCCGCACUCCACCAGUACUCCAGCGGGCGGUGGGAGGCCAUCGAUGUCGGCAUCGCGCACGACGACCCUGCCGACCUGCGAGCCAAGGUCACUCAGGGCCUGAACGAGGCUGAUGUGCUGCUGACCUCGGGUGGAGUGUCGAUGGGCGAGCUCGACCUGCUGCAGCCUCUGCUCGAGGAGCUCGGCACUGUCCACUUCGGUCGCGUGCUCAUGAAGCCCGGCAAGCCGCUCACGUUUGCCACCGUGCCUGUGCCCACCCCUGGUGGAGGCACGAAGACGGUGCUGGUGUUCGCUCUGCCGGGCAACCCGGUGAGCAGCCUGGUCACAUUCCAGCUGUUCGCCCUGCCCGCCCUACGGAGCCUCGCCGGCCACCCCCAGCCCAACCUUCGCCACGCCACCGCCAAGCUUUCCUUUGACGCGCCACUGGACCCCGAGAGGCCGGAGUACCACCGGGUCAAGCUCGAGUGGAACGAUCACGACAACUGCUGGGUGGCCUACUCGACGGGCAACCAGAUCAGUUCGCGCCUGCUGAGCAUGCAGUCGGCCGACGCGUUGCUGUGUCUCCCGCAGGCCGAGGGAACUCUCGCGGCCGGCACCUUCGUCAAGGCACUCCUCAUCGCCCACCUCAACUAA